CUCGGUCUCAAUAAGCUUAUUUCAAGUCCUUUCCAGAGCCACGAGCGAGAACCAAUCAAUUCUUCACAAUGAUCGCUGUUGAACAACCACCUUCCGGGGCGCCCCAGUCGUCGUUUGGAACCCUCUACACCCACCAUGUUACUCCAAGAGUGUACGCUAUCCUAGCAAUCGCAGGUGCAUACGGCUUGGACCUAAACGUCAUCUAUAUCGACCCCAAGAAGGAGGAGAGCCAAGCAGAACUUCUGAAGGUCAACCCUCGAGGCCAAGUGCCUACACUCGUCCUCAAUGAUGGGUUCGUUUUGACUGAAUGCACAGCUAUUGCGACAUACAUUACCUCCCAAAGCGAUACGACUACUCUCCUCGGCAACAACCGACGAGACUACUAUCAAAUCCAAAAGUGGCUCUCAUUCGCCAACUCGGAUCUCCUGCCCGCCAUUGGCGGCAUGAUCCUCCCCAUCAUGCACCUUGACAACCCGAUGCGCAAGAACCGCGUCGACUGCUGGAACGCCUUCACGCUGGACCUGAAAGUCCUCGACGCUCAGCUCCAAACAACCCCCUACCUCGCCGGCCAGACCGCCACGCUCGCCGACUACUUCACCGUGGGCAUGAUGAAGUUCGGCGUCAUGGUGUUCCACAAGCUGAUCAAGGAGCAGCACCCCAGGGUUUGGGAGUGGUUCAACGGCGUGUAUGCUGAGCAGUGGUUCAAGGAUGUCGCGGGCGACUUGCCGUUGCUCAGCUUGGAGUUGCCCGACUUCAGCACAGAGGAGCUGUGCGGCCAUUUUGUCGUAUGACUAGUGCAGGAGCUGGCACACGCGAAGGAGAGGUUUGAGCGUGGCCAUAUGGAGUGGAGACCCCCUAUUGAGGAGGAAGGGGGGCCGGAGGGAGAGGCGGAUGAACGAACAUUACCUUGAUGCCUGGAGAGCGGGCAUUCCCACAUACACACACGCGCACACAUACACACACAUCGAGCAUCGCAAC